AUGCUUCAUGUUGACUUGCAAAAGACUGUUGCAACUUGGACAACAAAUAAGGUACCUAGUAUUGGUAAGAUCAAGUUGCUUGACGAGUCUAUUUGCCAUACACUCAUGAUUGCUGCAUUCGAAAGGGGUAUCACGACAAACCAAAGUAGCAUCAGUAAUGAUGGUACAAUCACUGAAAUACAUAUACGUGGAAAACAACAAGACAAUUGCUCGGAAAUAGACCAAGUGACUAGAUACACCAAGACUGGUCCAAACAACGAUCAAGUAGAUAUGAUCAAAUUUACAAGCUUUGACGACACUGACGAUAGCAUGGUGUGGUCAAAAGAUGUAUUGCCACAAGGUCUAAAGAGAUUGUUGAUAGACGACCCAUCAGAAGUCAGGGUAGACUUGGCUAGAUUACCAGAUGGAUUGGAGCAACUUCGUAUUGGUGAUUGUACAAAACUUAUUUUUACACUGCCUGGAGGUGAGCUUCCUCCUAGUCUAAACAAGUUGUUUAUCCGAAACUCCAACUAUUAUGAACUACCGAUAGUAUCACUACCCAUGUCACUCACAACAUUACGAUUAGAAGAGUAUGAAGGUAUAUUCCCAUCUCGUCAAAAUUAUAAUAUUAAUAUUAAUAAUAAUGACUCAUCAACCCAACCAUACCUUCCAUUAUCAAUACAAUCACUAUAUGUACCCGUUGAAACACUUAAAUUGAUACAACAUAAUUGGGAGAUCAACCUUCCCAACCUUGUGAGACUGGCUGUCUCUUCAUUGGAUCCCCAUCAAAGAGAAACAGACUAUCAUCAAUUGAUCUUACCAACCUACAUCAAAAAACUAAAGCUCAAUUUAUCUAUUAUUACUCUAACUGACUAUGCACCUCUGCCAACCAAACUGAUAUCGUUAAAGUUGUCUGGACCCCUAACAGAUACAACUAUCCACCCAAGUGUGUUACCAGAAUCAUUGGUCAAGUUAAGAAUCCAAUCAGGUAAUCCACAGUUACUUCCAGGUUCACUACCAUCGACAUUGACACAUUUAGUCAUUCGGUCUGGUGAUUUCAAUCAUCCGCUACCAACUCCACUUCCAUCGUCGUUAAAAGUACUCAAACUUCCAGAUGGAUACUCUGUACCAAUACCACAACCAUACCCACCAAAUCUAACAAGACUACGGUGUGGGUUUAUACCAGGACUGCAGACAAUGAACAUGUGUCCAAAUUAUCCACCAACAUUGACAUCUGCAACUAUAUCAAACUAUCUAGUUGAAUCGCUGCCACCUAGUAUUCAUACUCUAUCAAUCUAUCGAAAUUUUAAUCCAGAGAAACCUAGUGCUAGUCAACUAGCAGCAAUUCAAGGUUGUGGACCACCAAAUAUUAAGCAUCUAGUAGUAUCGGUGAUUAAUCACCAAAAAACAAUACCCAUCCAUUUUGAUACACUGGUUCAUCUUGAAACAUUGAUGAUCCGAUUUAAAAGAACCACCUCUUCAUCCAUCACCACAUUAGAUAAAAGAGUAUUUGCAAUCAGAAGAUUAUCACCAGACACUCUAUUAAUCCUCUCGACUGAUUUACAAGGCGGUAUAUUCAAUCGUAAUGAUUCUAUUCAAUUUCAAUCUUUUUUCUAUUCUUUAAGAAUUUAA